CCGUUCGUCUCCGAUCAGUUUGCCGCCGUAUGGCUACCUUUUAGCAGCCUUUAGAAUAGUGAGGAAGUGCGCGUUGUGAGAAUAUUUAGUAAAGGAGGAAACCACCGCCGGUCGUUUGACUGUUUUUUUUUCUGUUCCGCGAGCGAGGUGCAAUCACCGCGCGUGUGUCAUGAUGGGGCUGAUCAAAUCAGCUGUCACUGCGGUGUGUCUGGUGGUGGCACUGCUGGCCCCGACCAGCCACAGCCAGUCCACGGCCAAGGUUCUGUGCUACUAUGAUGGAGCCAACUUCCUGAUCGAAGGUCUCGGCAAGGUAUCGCUCAGUGACAUCGAAGCCGCCCUGCCCUUCUGCACCCACCUGGUCUAUGGCUACGCCGCCGUCGAUCCCGACUCCAACAAAGCCGUCAGCCGCAAUGCCAACCUCGAUCUCGACACUGGCAAGGGCAACUACCGUCAGGUGACCGGCCUGAAACGGAAAUUCCCUGGUCUCAAGGUCCUGCUGGGAAUCGGUGGAUACCGCUUCUCGGCUGCCUCUCCCAAGUAUCUGGAACUGCUGGAAUCGGGUGCCGCUCGCAUCACCUUCAUCAACAGCGUCUACUCGAUCGUCAAGACAUACGACUUCGAUGGAAUCGAUCUGGCCUGGCAGUUCCCGCAGAACAAGCCCAAGAAGAUCCGCUCCUCUCCGGGCAAGCUGUGGCACGGAUUCAAGAAAGUGUUCACCGGCGAUAGCGUCCUGGAUGAGAAGGCCGACGAACACCGUGAAGAAUUCACCGCUCUACUGCGCGAGAUGAAGAACGCUUUCCGCUCGGACGGAUACCAGCUUGGAGUCACUGUUUUGCCGCACGUGAAUGCCUCCAUGUUCAUGGACAUACCGGCCAUCGUUAACUAUCUGGACUUUGUCAACAUUGCCGCUUACGAUAUGCAAACUCCAGAACGCAACAAGAAGGAAGCCGACUUCUACGCACCGAUUUACGAACUGACGGAGAGAGUUCCCGGAAAUAACGUUGACGGACUCGUCAAGCUUUGGUUGAACAGUCACGCCCCGGCUUCGAAACUGAUCGUAAGUAUCCCAACUCACGGACGCGGAUGGAAGAUGACCGAAGAUUCCGGCAUUACUGGAGUUCCCCCACUGGUGGCGGAUGGUGCUUCUCCGGCUGGUCCUCAACUGCAGCAGGAAGGUUUCUACUCGUGGGCAGAAACUUGCGCCAAGCUUCCCAACCCGAGCAACACCGCCCUGAAGGGUGCCGAUGCUCCUCUGCGCAAGGUGGGCGAUCCAACCAAGCGAUUCGGUUCGUACGCAUUCCGUCUGCCCGAUAGCAGCGGUGAGCACGGAAUGUGGGUGACCUACGAAGAUCCGGAUACCGCCGGGAACAAGGCCGCCUAUGUCAAGGCUAAGGGCUUGGGUGGAAUCGCUCUGAACGAUUUGGCUUUCGAUGAUUUCCGUGGCAGCUGUGCCGGCGAGAAGUACCCAAUCUUGCGGGCUGCCAAGUAUAGACUGUAAGGUGGAUGAGGUUGAGUGGACCAGUGAUUUUUAAUUUGUUAGACCUAUGUUAACUGAGUAAUAAAUGAUGUUGAGACAUUGA